AUGAAUGAUCUAAAAAAUAACACCAGGCUUUUCGGUGGUGCUUUACUGCUGCUGUCUGGUGAUUUUAGACAGUCAUUGCCGGUCAUUCCACGCGCUACACAUGCGGAUGAAAUUAACGCAUGUAUAAAACAAUCGUAUCUAUGGCGAAAUGUAAGUACAUUACGUCUUAAUACAAAUAUACGUGUUCAACUGCAAAACGAUCCAUUGGCACUAUCAUUCUCUGAGCAAUUGCUCAACAUUGGAAACGGAACAAUACCAUUGCAUGGAGACAUACAACGCAUCGAAUUGCCAGACAAUUUCUGCAACAUGGUAAAUACGAGAGAUGCUUUGAUUGAAAGCAUAUUUCCAGAUUUACAAGCUCAUUAUAUUAAUCAUGCGUGGCUUCGGGAACGAGCUAUUUUAGCAGCAAAAAAUAUCAAUGUUGACGCUAUUAACUUCAAAAUACAACAGUCAUUGCCCGGCAAUGAGAUAUUGUUCAAAUCGAUUGACACUGUUACCAAUCCUGACGAAGCAAUCAACUACCCCGUUGAAUUUUUGAAUUCACUGGAUUUACCAGGAAUGCCACUACAUAACUUGCGAUUAAAAAUUGGCUCACCUAUAAUUUUUCUUCGGAAUUUAAAUGCACCUAAGCAAUGCAAUGGCACAAGAUUAGUCACAAAAAAAAUUAUGGGCAAUGUCCUUGAAGCUACAAUUUUGAACGGCAAAUUUGAAGGUGAAGUUGUUCUCCUGCCACGAAUCCCAAUGAUCCAUUCAGACUCACUCAUACCAUUCAGACGUCUGCAAUUUCCAAUUCGCUUUGCAUUUGCCAUGACUAUUAAUAAGUCACAAGGUCAAACAAUGUCGAUUUGUGGGUUAGAUCUCGAUAAUCCGGUCUUUUCACAAGGCCAAUUAUAUGUGGCAUGUUCUCAUGUUGGAAAACCGUCAAGUUGUAGCUGGUCAAAAAAAAUACAUCCUAGUCUUGUAACAACAAAAACUAUAGAUGAGCUAUACCCAGUCCCCCAAGAUAAAGUAGAUUAUUGUGCUACAGUAACUAUCAGUAACUCUUUUAAAGAUAGUGUGUUCUCGAAAUUGACAAAUCUAGGCAUUCUAGUUGGAUUAACGUGGCUUUUAUUUCCUGAACCUGAAUUUAUACCAGUAGUUGAGUUAGAAGACAUAAUAAGAUCUUCAGAAUUUGAGCAAAGUAAUGAUAAGCAACAAUAUUUAUUUGAAAAAAUUGGCAUGAAUGAUGGUGAUAUUUUAAAUUGGCUUCAGAAACGAUUGGACAAGAUUAAAAUUCAAAAUGGUUAG